CUCACUCAACCCAUUCAACAACUUGUCACAUCGAGCGAGGUUUAUAUUAUUUUUUGUUUUUGUUCGUUUUUAAUUAAUUAAUUAAUUACAUAUUGUUAAAAAUAAUACAUAGCGUUGAAUAGUGUUGAGCGUGAUUAAAUUUAACUUAUCAUUGUUGACAGUAAGAAUGCCUCCUAAGAAACGACCUGCCCGCGGGGCGAACAAGCAGGACACGCCACUUGUUGGGAACAAGUCUGCAGUUCGGCAAGUUAAGUUAAAAUUGCCAGUGGCAAUGCGUGCUGGUGUAACCGCCCCGACGACAAGUCCACAUGACUUGAGCAAUUCUUCAGAAGAGCCCGGUGGAAGGUCAGCGUCUCAGGAGAGACCACCUUCUAGAGCGGAAACCGUCGUUGCUCCAAUUCUGAGGGCAAGUUCUCGUUCGCCGACGAGGCGACAACACAACCUAAUUUCGUCCACCCCUUCCACCGCUGCGGCGGCACGGAGAACAGACAAUUUGGGCACUCGAGUCUCUUUCAUGGGAGCGAACGUGUCCCCGAUUCGAAAUCGAGCCCUUUUCGAACCAGCGGCGUCGCCAUCUUCGACCCGGUCGUCGCCAGUACGGUCACCUCGCGCUCCCCCAAACAAUACAACAGAAAGUGCCAGUCGCAGACUGGCAAAGAGAAAAAAAUCGUCCGUCCUGCCUUCGUCCGUUUUCAAACGACGGUAUCGUCCCCCGGAAACAGCCCUCCGCGAGAUUGAAUACUACCAAAGAAUGACGAGCACCCUCAUCCCAAAAGCUCCGUUUGCCCGUCUAGUUCGCGAAAUUACGGUAUCUUUAACUGGCUGUGCCACUCUCCGCUAUAAAUCAACGGCACUGGAGGCCCUUCACGAGGCGGCGGAAGCUUACAUCGUGGGCUUUUUCGAAGACGCUUUUCUCCUCGCCAUACACGCCAAGAGGGUCACUCUUCAGCCGAAGGAUCUCGCUUUAGCGUACCGGAUUCGAGGCGAUAAUAAGGCAGCGUACAAUUGAGAUUUUUUCUACAUUUAACUUUUAACUGCCGUGGUGUGAAUAGAUAUAUUUAAAGAGGACAAGUUGAUAUUCGGGUCAAAUUGCCAUCACAUGCUAUUGAAAUUUAAUAUUUUUUAUGGAAUACCAAUUAAUACUUUUGUAGGCUAGAGGGCCAGGGCACUAAUUUUUAUGAGUGUUUAAAGCAAUGUAAAGUCCAUGUAGUACUAAGCGAUUAUAUUAAAGAGCGUUUUUGUUGACCAAUGUGUUCUCAAGUUAAUCUUCUUGUAAUUAUGCCCUUAAAAAUAUUCCUUCGUGAAUUUCUAAUAUUUUGAUGACAUCACACCAGAUAUUUGACUCUAUAUGAAAGUUUAUGACAUUAAAGGAUUUAUAAAUAAGUAAUUUUACAAAGAUUUUACAAAGAAUUUUAUGUUCAAUUUAAAAUAAUACAUAUUUUUCACUAAAACCUUGUGGAUUUAGGUAUUUUUUGUAAAAUAUAUGCAAUAUUGUGUACUAAUGAUCUUGUAAUUCCAUUAAAAAUGAGGUAAAGAUAAAUAAUUGUUGUGUUGCACUGCCACACUUACUUACUUAUCAGUCAUUAGUGUCAAAUCAUGUCAUGUAUUGCUAUUGUUAUUUUGUUGUACGUACUUAGUUAAGAGUUGUCCUUUUUUAAUAAAUAUGUACUUACUUUCUUAAAGUGGAAAA